GAAUCUAAAUCUAAACUUUCUAUGCCUAUUUAACCUCUCUCCUGCGAGCAAACUCUUAAGUCUCUCUUCAUCUCAAUCUCUUCUGUUGCGAGGUUGAGAGCUUUAAUCAUAUUAUACAUAGUGUUACAUAAAGAUAUAAAUAAGAAUAUGGGGACGAAUAUAGUUUUGGUGGUUGGUUUGAUCUGCGCUGUGUUUGCGUUUGUAGGAGCACAACAACCUCCAACCACCUCUCCAGCACCACCCACUCCUCCGGCUAAUACUCCACCAACCACUCCGCAAGCUUCUCCUCCACCGACCACUCCUCAAGCUUCUCCUCCACCAGUUCAGUCUUCUCCUCCACCUGUUCAGUCUUCUUCUCCCCCACCUGCUCAAUCUUCUCCGCCUCCUGUUCAAUCCUCACCUCCACCAGCUCAGUCUCCUCCACCGGUUCAAUCUUCUCCUCCACCUGUAGCCACUCCACCACCUGUUCCUGCUUCCCCUCCUCCAGCUCCAGUUACUCCUCCACCUGCCUCCCCACCACCUGCCUCUCCUCCUCCAUUCUCUCCUCCACUUGCCACUCCACCUCCCGCAACUCCUCCACCUGCCACUCCUCCUCCAGCACUCACACCAACUCCCCUCUCAUCUCCUCCAGCAACUACUCCAGCUCCAGCUCCUGCCAAGCUUAAGAGUAAAGCUCCUACAGUGGCACCCGUAACCUCACCAUCAGAAGCUCCCGCUCCUGGUCCUGGUCUCUCCUCCCUCUCUCCCGCUGUCUCUCCCGCCGGUAACGAUGAUAGUGGGGCAGAAAGCUUGUUGUCACAGAAGAUGGUUGGAUUAGUAUUUGGAUGUGCUUUCCUAUCCUUGAUGUUCUAGAUAUACCUCUCUCUUCAGACUGCAGAUUGCUACUUUUACCUCUAUAUAUAGUAUUUUGUGAUGUGAUAUGGGAGUUUAUUACAUUGUUUGUAUUCUUGGGACAUUCAUUUCAGGGGAGGUUUUGUAUUAAUUGAGGACACUUAUUUUGUAUCUCACUACUAUUACUAUUAGUCUAUCCAUUCGUUGUUUUCUUUGAGUA